AUGUUGCUGCCAGUCCUUACCAAAACGUCGGGUCCAACUCCCAGAUCCUCCUACCAGUUCCUCCUAACCACAGCCUUGACCAUAUCUCUCUUAAUAUCAACACCAACAGCACAAAAUAUAACCUUCCCCCUCCCCCUCCCCACAAACCACAACUGCCGCGACCCAAGUAUCAUCCUCUACAACGACUACUACUACCUCUUCUCCACCAGCUCCCAACUCUCCUACUGGCGCGCCUCCAACCUCUCCGGACCCUGGCACCCAGCAGGCUCCGUCCUGCCACGCAGCACCGGCAGUGUAAUCGACAAGGGCGAUCCACGCCAGCCCUGGGCGCCCACCAUUUUGCUAGUCAAUGAUACAUUCUACUGUUUCUAUUGCGUAAGCACAAUCAAUACACGGAACAGCUCAAUUGGCGUCGCGACUUCUACUUCGCUCGACGACGGAGGAGCUGGGACGUGGACAGAUCACGGCGCACUCAUCAAUACCGUCUCCGGCGCGAACGCAGAUGUAUUUCCCUACAACGACUCAAACGCUAUUGAUCCCAGCAUCGUUGUUGACCCUGUCGGGAACAGCGGGCAGGCAUGGUUGACAUUCGGGAGUUAUUGGAGCGAUAUAUGGCAGGUGCCUUUAUCCGCUGAUCUGUUGUCCGUCGAAAAUGCGGACGAUCCCAAUGCGACGCAUGUAGCGUUCAAUGCGAGCUUUCCGGCUGAGGAGGCGUCGUUUGUGAGUUAUAAGGCGCCCUGGUAUUAUCUGUGGUAUAGUAAGGGGUAUUGUUGUGGGUUGGAUAUUGAUGAUCUGCCGGCUGCGGGGACCGAGUAUUCGAUCCAUGUCGGUAGAUCUCUGGAAGUCUCAGGUCCAUACUUGGAUAAGGACAAUGUCUCGCUGGCCGAGGGUGGUGGAUCGAUAAUCUAUGGCUCGAAUCAUGAUGGUCAGGUCUAUGCUCCUGGGAGCAGUGGUGUGAUCAGUAGUGAUUCAGGACAGGAUGUUUUGUAUUAUCAUUACUUGAAUCUGAGUAUAGGCGUUUCAGAGGGGGACGCAAUCCUAGGCUACAAUUACCUAGACUACGAUGACGGCUGGCCUGUCGUGAGCUCCAUGUACGUCUUCCAUUAUGUGUAA